GUGUAUAUAUGUGUGUGUGUGUGUGUGAGUGUGUGUGCAUAUAAUACUAUACUGAUUACAUUUUUAAAAUUUUUUUCGUUUUUUUCUUUGUUUUUUUUUUUACGCAAAAACGGUAAUAGUACAUCAUCAAUACGCAGUAUAUUAUAAAAUAUGGCGUGUACAACAUGCAUUAUUUUAUUAAGUGUAUAAUUGCUGCCACGGCAUCAACGAACGUCCGAAAAAGAAACUUCAUACGUAUGUAUAUUCGCAACGAAAAACACAUACUUGUAAAUGCCUAUGCGCGUUAAUUAAAUACUAGGUCAGAAUUUUGAUAAUUUUGGCUUAGGAUUGAUUUCAUUAUUAUCGUAUUGACCAUUUAUGACACGUGUAAAAUAUUUGUUGUUAUAAUAAUAAUAGUUGUAAUAAUACUUGUGUUUUCAGCAUAUUUAAUAUUAUUGUAUGUUGACAUUUAUAUAUAUACAGAUGAUUUCGUCAAAUUCGUGUUUUAUUUCGCUCGAGUUUCUCUACCGUUUUUUACCGACCUGGUUGAAUGAAUGUACCUGAUUGGUAUGUAAUUGUAAAGAAUUAUUUUGCCAGGAAAUUUUUCAAACGGCUUUGUACGUUGUACAAAAAUUUUUGUGCGAUUUUCCCAACUUCAAACAGUACCCUGAAUUGUUUCAGUUUCUUCAAAAUUUGAAAACAAAUUCUUAAGAGUCAUAUUUUCAGACAGCAUGAGCUUGGUUUACAAUAUUUUUAUUUAUUUAUUGGUUUACUGUACGUGCUGCAUUUUUUCUGAGACUUGAAUAAAUAAUUAUGGGGGAGGGGUAAUGAUAAUGAUGAAAGUAAUUAAUAACGUACUGUCGUUGUAGGCUUGAUACAAGCUUUUUGUAAAUUUUCGGUAGAAAUCACGCAUACCUACCUAUAAUAUAAUACACCUACAAGACAGUGUAAUUGCUUAAUUACGUAGUCAAAAAUGAAACGUCGUACGUAAAACUUUUGAAACUUUACAUCUCUACGCGCGCUCACGAAAUAUUUCCAGCAGGUGUCUCUCGCUAUGACAAGAUAAGCCAAUCGGACACUUUGUUGAUGCCGGCCGGUCAUUUUUUGUAAUCCGUAAAUCCGUAAGACGUCAAACUGUGACUGUGAUACAUAAUCAGCGAUACACGUUUAUUUUUAAAUUAAUAUUAACCUCGAUACGUAACCGAUAAAUUUAAAUUGGUCUGCUUUAAUUUCAUAGAAAAAUUUCAAAUAUGCGAGAAAAAAUCGGAAAAUAAUAACAAUAACUGAGCAUCGGGUGCGAUGUACGAUCAAGUUAACAAAAAACCAAAAAUCCUCAUACGUAUGUCGUCUAUGGUGUUCUAAUGUAUUUUAAAAACAUGGUAAAUUAACCUGGAACGAUUACGGUCAUCUUCAGGGUUGGCAACACUGCCAGCGCGGCAAACCAACAUCAUGCAAGAGGAAGGUCAAAACAAGUGAAACAAUAGCGAAAAUUUUGAAUUGACGACCGUUACACGGUUGGAACUGGCCGCGGAAUUAACGAGACAAGUCGCAUGGAAUCAGAGUGUCGGUUAAACCAGGAAAACAUUAUGUGGGAUGAGAACAACGGGCAAUAUCAACUCGCUGACGGGGAUUGGGAGAUUUUUGCGGAAAAAUUGGAGUGCUAUCUGCUGUCGAAGAACAUAACGGACGAUGAAGUUAAAGUUGCAAUCCUGGUUACGCGGCUAGGAAAAGACGCACACGCGUUGCUCAGGAAGCUUGUCGCUCCUGCAAAAAUCACACAUAAAAAAUACGACGAGCUGAUUGAAAUUAUGACCAACCAACUACGCUGCAUGCCGUCCGAAGUAAGGGAACGCUACGACUUUCAUGCACUUAGACAAGAACCGGGAGAAACAAUAGGCCAGUUCGUUACCAAGUUGAAAAACUAUGCGUCUUACUGCAAUUUCGAAAAUGUUAACAUUGCUUUGAGAGAUCAGUUCGUGUGGGGAGUGAACGACGAAGAGAUACGUGUUGCAUUGUUUGAAACAACAGAACUGACCUUUGAAAAGGCCGUAGAAAUAGCAGUGGUGCAAGAAACAAUCGGUACAGAGAUGGAUAUGUCCCUUUCUACGCAAAAUCAAGAUAUAAUGGAAGACAGGGGAAUGCCAGAGGCGACUUUCCGUUACACGGUGAGGAAUUUUUCCAAGUUGGAUUGCGAGCGGCUAUCGCCAACUUUCUACGUACGCAAUCUUCCGUGGAAUAUUUUGGUAAAGCCUUGUACUAACCGGACAAGAGAUCACGAAUCGAGGAAGUCCCUCGGCUUCUUUUUGGAAUGCAACAGGGAAAACGAAUCGUUCACAUGGAGUUGCUACGCGUCAAUAGAGUUCAGGCUCCUCUCCCACAAGAAAAAUCAGAAACCUCUUACCGGAAGAACUGAACACUUAUUCUGCAGAAUGGAUUAUGACUGGGGAUAUCGGGAUUUUAUGUAUUGGGAAGAUCUGCUUGACAAAGAACAAGGCUACAUUAAGAAUGACUCUAUCGUGCUCGAAGUCCAUGUGGUAGCAGGUGAGCCGCACGAUGUUAUGGACUAGUACAGUAAGAAACAUACGGAACAUGUCCGUCUCAAAAAUCAAGGGACAACGGUUGUUACGUCAAGUCACUCUUAGGAACUCUUACCGCAUCCAACAAAAUCUCUAUGUGUGCGUAUGUAUAUAUUCAACUAUCAAUGCAUAUCGCGGCAAAAAUUCUGAAUCACUUUCUGUAAUAUCCUAAAAAUAUUAUAAUAAUGAUGAUGAUAAUAAUAAUAAUGAUAAUAAUAGUAGUAGCCAUAAUCGUGUAACGUUUGAACUAAAGACGUCUAGAUUGUAUUUUAUCAAUGACAUUUCCUAGGGAAGUUACCUCUUUUUUUCAGCUAGUGCAUGUUGACACAGAUCUUAUUAUCAUCAUCUUUUUACCUUUAAACCGGACGCUGAAAGUAGUUAUUAUAAUAUGCAACUAUUUAUGAUUGGGCACACUCAAUUGUUAAACUGCAAGCAUCGUGUUAUACACACACACACAUCCAUUAUACGCUCGUAUAUGCAUUAUAUGUCAUCGUCAUCAACAUCAUCAUUAGUAUUACAAAUUUAACCAUAUAAUCCAAAUCGAUCCUUACUGGAAUAAAAUAUAAGUACAUAUAGUUAUGAAUAUAAAAUAACAAGGUUGCCAGUAUCAGCAUUUAUUCUCUCCCACUGUUAAUGUAUUUUUUCAUGAAUAUAUGUAAUAUUUAUUGUUUAAUAUCCUCAUAUUGUUAUAACAUAUUGUUUAAUACAUUUUUUUAAAUAUAAUAGAUUUUGUUCGUCAUUAUAAAUUACGCUGUACGGCACUGUUUUAAUUCUUAACUCGUCAUCAUCAUUUUCAUUCGGAUCGACGAGGAGUUUUUACGUUAGAAUUCGUUUUUUCUAUUUUUUUCUUCAACAUCGCUUGAGAAGAAUUUACCUACAUUAUAUAUGCAAACUGCUGUAUACAUUUUUUUUAUUUGACAACUAACAAACUUCUUCUAUCCUUAUACUUCAUUAAAAACCCAAAAUAGUCUGGAAUUUUUCCAAUGAUUUUUCCCGGAAACUCUUGGUAUAGUCCUGGAAUCUAAACUCUCGAUUGCAGCAGACAUCCUGAAUUUGUAGAAAAAAAAAAUGUAUUACGUCGAUGAAGAAAUUGAAUACAAAAAAUUUAUAAAGCCAAUCUGAGAUAUCGUCGUAGAAUCUUGAUCGAGAUGUCACGGAAUGCCCCAUAUACACAUUAUUUCGUCUAAUCCGUGUUCAUUUCGCUCGAGUUUCUAAAUCGUUUAUUUAUAAAAAAAUGCAUUUCCCAGAUCACCCGAAUACCUAGUAUGUUAUUGUAAAGCAUUAUUUCGAUGGACAAUUUUUGAAACAGCGUUACGUGUUAUUCAAGAAUGUAACUUGCAACGAUAAUCACGCAAAAGACAAAAGACAGAAACGACGCGACUUGUAUUAUUCAACAUUUAUUAU